CCCCCCCCCCCCCCCCCCCCUUCCCCUCUCCCCCCGCCUCCCCCCCCCCCCACACCAAAAAAACCACCCCCACCUCCCAACAACCCCCCCAUAAACCCCCCCCACCUUCAACCUCCCCCCCACCCCCCCCCCCCCCCCCCCCCCCCCCCCACGCCGCCCCCCCCCCCCCCCCCCCCGCCCCACGCCCCUCCCCCGCCCCAACCCAAACCACUACCCACCCCCCCCACCCCCCCAACCCCCCCACCCCCCACCCCCCCCCCCCCCAACACACCCCCACCCCCCCCCCCCCCCCCCCCCACUCCCCCUUUCCCCCCUCCCACCCCCCCCCCCACUCCCCACCCUACCACCCCCCCACCCCCACCUACCCCUCCCCCCCCACCCCCCCCCCCCCCCCCCCCCCCCACACCACCUCCCCCCAAAACCACCCACCCCCCUCCCACAAACCCACCCUCCCCCAACCCCAACCCCCAAAAAAACAUAGCGCCCCCUCCCCCCGCCCCCUCCUCCCCACCCAAACCCCCCCCCCCCCCAACCCCACCACCCCCCCCCCCACCCCCCCCCCCCCGCGCCCCACCCCCCCCCCACCCCCCACCCCCCCCACCCCCCCCCACCCCCCCCCCCCCCACCCCCCCCCCCCCCCCCCACCCCCCCCCCCCCCCCCCCCCCCCCCCCCCACCCCACACCCCCUCCCGCCCCACUCCCCCCCCCCCUCCCCCCCCACCCCCUCCCCCCCCACCCCCCCCCCCCCCCCCCCCACACCCACCCCCCCCCCCCCCACCUCCCACCCCCCCCCACCCACCCAAGGCCACCGCCCCCCCCCCCCCCCCCCCCCCCCACCCCACCCCCCCCCCCUGCACUGCCCCCCCCCCCCCAACCCCACCCCCCCCCCCCACCCCCCCACCCCCACCACCACCCCCCCCCCCCCCGCCCCCCCCCCCCCCCCCCCCCCCCCCCCCCCCCCCCCCCCCACCCCCCCCCCCAGCCACCACACCCCACACACAACCCCCCAACCCACCCCCACUCCCCCCCCCCCCCCCCCCACCCACCCCAAAACGCUGUGGAAAAGUGCCCCCCCCUCCCCCCCCCCCCCACCCACCCCAACACACAAAAACCCCACGCCCCCCACCCCCCCCCCUCCCCCCCCGGGCGGGCCGCCAACCCACCCCCCCCCCUCGCCCCCUUCCCCCCCCACCCCCACCCCCCCACCCCCCCCCACACCCCCCCACCCCCCCACCCACCCCCCCCCCCCCCCCCCCCACCUCCCCCCCACGACCCCCCCCCCCUCCCUACACGGCCCCCCGCCCCCCCCCCCAACACCAGCCAUCUCCCCCCCCCCCCCCCCCCCCCCCCCACCCCCCCCCCCCCCCACCCACCCCCCCACCCCCCCCUCCACCCCACCAACCCACCCCCCCACCCCCCCCCCCCCCCCCCCCCCCCCCCCCCCCCCCUACCAAAAACCCCCCCCCCCCCAACCCCCCCCCCCCUCCCCCCCCCCCCCCCCCCCCCCCCCCACCCCCCACCGCACACACCCCACCACCCCCCCCGCCACGCCCCCCACCACCCCCACCCCCUCCCCCCCUUUCCCCCCCCCCCCCCCCCCCCCUUUCCCCCACCCACCCCCCCCCCCCCCCCCCACCACACACCACCCCCCCCCCCCCCCCCCCCCCCACCCCCCCCCCCCCCCCCCCCCCAACCCACCCCCCACCACCCUCCCCCCCCCCCCACCCACCCGCCAACACCCCCCACCACCCCAACCUCCCCCCCCACACCACAACCCACCCCUCCUCCCCCCCUCCCCCCCCCUCCUCCCCCCCCCCCACCCCCCACCACCGCACACCCGAGACGAAGCAAAGCCCCACGCACACCACCCCACACGCUCCCCCCCCCCACCCCCACCAACCCCCCCCCCGAGAACCGCGAAACCCCGGACCCCCCCAGACCCCCAGCCCCCGGAGGUGUUGA